GGAAGGGUUUGCAGCAGUGGGAGCAGGUGGCAAGGAUGGUCACCGUCCCUGUGUGACCAGAAGCCAUGCCCAGAGCACAGGUUCCCGGGAGGGGAGGCUGCUGACUGACAUGAACCCCCAUUUUCCAUCCAGGCCUUCCCCAAAACCCUCAGCAGACUAGAAUUCCACCAGGUUGCAUCUGAUCCUGCGGUGCCAUUGUCGACUCGGUGCACCCUGUCUGCCCUCUUCCCCGAGUCCUGUCCCCUCGGGAAGUCGUGUUUCUGUUGAGGGAUGACCAUACACAGUGAACGCACACAGUCUGAGGACAGCCCUGUUUCCGUAGAGCACACAGUCCGGUGUCCACCACUGCUCCGUGGUCUCCCCGUUCCCCUCGUCCUUCUGUUGUCACCCCGUCCUCCCAGCCCUCACACCUGCUGCCCGGUUACUGCCCUUCGAAUUUUGCCUGUUACAGAACAUCCUGUAAAGAGAAGUGUGCAGUGCACUGAGGAGACACCGGGCUGUCGCCUGGGGUCAGUGGCCUUCCCUCCUCACAGCUGAGCCGUGCUCCCUUGUGUCGCUGUCCCCCUCGUCCGCUGACAGACAAGCUGAGCUGCUUCUACCUUCUGUGAUCACAAGUGAGCUGUAACGUUCACGGGUGGGUUUUGCUGUGGACAUGUUUCCAUUUCUUUUGGAUGAAUAAUUAGGAAUGGAUUGCCAGGUCACAUGGUAAGUGCUAACUCGGGAGAAACGACCACACUGUUUUAUAAACUGAGUGCGCCGCUGGCCAUUCCCGCCAGCACUUCGCACCAGCUUGUCUCCAUGCCAGUCACCCCUCCCUCUUACCACACACGUGCUCUUCUCUCCCGUUUUGUGAUUUGCGUCCCUAUUCUCUCAGCAGUAUCCUUAGAGGAGCAGAAGUGUUUAAUUUUGAUGAAGUCUAGUUUACUCAUUUUUUUUUUUCAAGGCUAAUUUUUUUAAGUUUUAAGGAUUUUAUUCAGUGAGAGAAAUACAUAGGAGAGUGAGGGCUCUAUUUAAAGGAGAAAGAAAAGUCUAGAAACUAAGUAGGGAUCCAUACCAAGCAGAGAGCAGACCAGGAUCCACAUGCAGCAAGCGUUUGGUUAUGAACAGCUUAUCACAGGUAGGAGAGCAGGCGGCCCAAAGGCCACACACCCUGAAGGUGCGGGGCAACAAGGGCAACAAAGGGCAGUAGUGGCGAGAAAUGGGGCAAAGGACCGGCCCUCCGUGUUCCAGGCCUUUUAUCCACGUCCAAAGGGGAGUGGUCACAUAGCCUGCUUGGCAGGUGGGCAUACAGGUGGGGUCAGGUAAGGGAAUGCGAUCCCACAGAGGGCAUGGUGAAGGCAUGGUCUUCCAACUCACAAAUCUAAUCAGUUUUAUCCCAUUUGCCUGCCUGCUUCACUCCCCGCUCAGAGAAAUCCCAGCCCUUAAUCCUAAGGGAUGAUGACGGAUGUAGAGUCGUGUCUUCUGUACCAGCUUCCUGCUUAUGAGGGGAGUGGCGCAGGCCCUGCCUGUCCUGGGUCUGGAAGUCUCCGCCUGUCUCAUCUAACACAUUCACUUUAUGAGCUGCAGCAAUUUCAGUCACCGUCAAUGGCUGUGUCUCCAGCAUGAAGCCCUUCAGAGGCCAGUAGCGUCUGACUUCGAGCCCCCGGGUCUGAGCGAGGCUGCUCGCUGGAACUCCAAGGAAAACCUCCUCGCUGGGCCCAGUGAAAAUGACCCCAACCUGUUCGUUGCACUGUAUGAUUUUGUGGCCAGUGGAGAUAACACUCUAAGCAUAACUAAAGGUGAAAAGCUCCGGGUCUUAGGCUACAAUCACAAUGGCGAGUGGUGUGAAGCCCAAACCAAAAAUGGCCAAGGUUGGGUCCCGAGCAACUACAUCACGCCGGUCAACAGCCUGGAGAAGCACUCCUGGUACCACGGGCCCGUGUCCCGCAACGCCGCCGAGUACCUGCUGAGCAGCGGGAUCAACGGCAGCUUCCUGGUGCGGGAGAGCGAGAGCAGUCCUGGCCAGAGGUCCAUCUCGCUGAGAUAUGAAGGCAGGGUGUACCACUACAGGAUCAACACCGCUUCUGAUGGCAAGCUCUACGUCUCCUCGGAGAGCCGCUUCAACACCCUGGCGGAGCUGGUCCAUCACCACUGCACCGUGGCCGACGGCCUCAUCACCACCCUGCACUACCCAGCCCCCAAGCGCAACAAGCCCACGGUGUACGGCGUGUCCCCCAGCUACGACAAGUGGGAGAUGGAGCGCACCGACAUCGCCAUGCGGCACCGGCUGGGCGGCGGCCAGUACGGGGAGGUGUACGAGGGCGUGUGGAAGAAGUACAGCCUCACGGUGGCCGUGAAGACCUUGAAGGAGGACACCAUGGAGGUGGAAGAGUUCCUGAAGGAAGCCGCGGUGAUGAAGGAGAUCAAGCACCCCAACCUGGUGCAGCUGCUCGGGGUCUGCACCCGGGAGCCCCCGUUCUACAUAAUCACUGAGUUCAUGACCUAUGGGAACCUGCUGGACUACUUGCGAGAGUGUAAUCGGCAGGAGGUGAACGCUGUGGUGCUGCUCUACAUGGCCACGCAGAUCUCGUCAGCCAUGGAGUACCUGGAGAAGAAGAACUUCAUCCACAGGGACCUUGCUGCCCGGAACUGCCUGGUAGGGGAAAACCACUUGGUGAAGGUGGCUGAUUUUGGCCUGAGCAGGCUGAUGACAGGGGACACCUACACGGCCCACGCCGGAGCCAAGUUUCCCAUCAAGUGGACCGCGCCGGAGAGCCUGGCCUACAACAAGUUCUCCAUCAAGUCCGACGUGUGGGCGUUUGGAGUGCUGCUUUGGGAAAUCGCCACCUACGGCAUGUCGCCGUACCCGGGGAUCGACCUGUCCCAGGUCUAUGAGCUGCUGGAGAAGGAUUACCGCAUGGAGCGCCCGGAAGGCUGCCCGGAGAAGGUCUACGAACUCAUGCGAGCAUGUUGGCAGUGGAGUCCCUCAGACCGGCCCUCCUUUGCUGAAAUCCACCAAGCUUUUGAAACGAUGUUCCAAGAAUCCAGUAUCUCAGAUGAAGUGGAAAAGGAGCUGGGGAGACGGGGCGCACGGGGGGCCGCGAGCGCCUUGCUGCAGGCCCCAGAACUGCCCACCAAGACCAGAACCGCCAGGAGAGCCGCCGACGCCGCCGACGCGCCCCACUCCAAGGGCCAGGGCGAGAGCGAUGCCCUGGACCACGAGCCUGCCGUGUCUCCACUGCUCCCUCGGAAAGAGCGAGGCCCCCCGGACGGCGGCCUGAAUGAGGACGAGCGCCUCCUCCCCAAAGACAAGAAGACCAACCUGUUCAGCGCCUUGAUCAAGAAGAAGAAGAAGACGGCUCCGACGCCCCCGAAGCGCAGCAGCUCCUUCCGAGAGAUGGACGGCCCGCAGGAGCGCAGGGGCCCCGGCGAGGACGAGGGCCGGGACGUCAGCAACGGGGCGCCGCCCCUCGCCCCCUCAGACGCCACCGAGCCAGCCAAGGCCCCCAAAGCCAGCAACGGCGCCGGCGUUCCCAACGGGGCCUGCCGGGAGGCCGGGGGCUCGGGCUUCCGGUCCCCGCACCUGUGGCAGAAGUCCAGCACAAUGACCGGCAGCCGCUUGGCGGCCGGUGAAGAGGAGAGCGGCGGCGGCUCCAGCAAGCGCUUCCUGCGCUCCUGCUCCGCCUCCUGCGUGCCGCACGGGGCCAAGGACGCAGAGUGGAGGUCGGUCACGCUGCCGCGGGACCUGCAGUCCACCGGGAGGCAGUUCGACUCGUCCACGUUUGGAGGACACAAAAGCGAAAAGCCAGCUUUGCCUCGGAAGCGGGCCAGCGAGAACAGGUGCGACCAGGUGACCAGAGGCACCGUGACCCCCCCGCCCAGGCUGGCGAAAAAGAGCGAGGAAGCCGGGGACGAGGUCUUCAGAGACGCCGCGGCCGACGGCAGCCCGGGCUCCAGCCCUCCCGGCCUGACUCCGAAGCUCCAGCGGCGGCAGGUCUCGGUGGCUGCUGCCUCUGCAGCCCCCCACAAGGACGAGGCCGGGAAGGGCGGUGCCCUGGGGACCACUGCUGCCGCCACCGAGCCAGGGCCCCCUCCCAGCAGGGCAGCGUCAGGCGCGCCUGGGGGCCCCGGCAAGGGCCCCGGUGAGGAGCCCCGAGUGAGGAGGCACAAGCACGCCUCCGAGUCACCGGGGAGAGACAAGGGGAAGUUGUCCAAGCUCAAACCCGCCCCGCCGCCUCCCCCAGCCCCUGUGGGGAGAGCCGGGAAACCCUCUCAGAGCCCGAGCCAGGAGGCGGCUGGGGAGGCAGCGAGCUGUGAGGCCACCAAGCCCGGCCAGCCAGGGGACAGCCUCAAAAGGCCUGUGCUGCCGUCCGUACCAAAGCCACAGUCGGGCCCCAAGCCCUCGGGGACCCCCGCCAACUCGGCCCCCACCCCCGCCUCGCUGCCGGCAGCGGCCGACCAGCCAUCUUCCACCGCCUUUAUCCCGCUCAUAUCCACGCGCGUGUCUCUUAGGAAAACCCGCCAGCCCCCAGAGCGCAUCGCCAGCGGCACCAUCACCAAGGGCGUGGUUCUGGACAGCACCGAGGCCCUGUGCCUGGCCAUCUCCAGGAACUCGGAGCAGAUGGCCAGCCACAGCGCCGUGCUGGAGGCCGGCAAAAACCUCUACACGUUCUGCGUGAGCUACGUGGAUUCCAUCCAGCAGAUGAGGAACAAGUUCGCCUUCCGAGAGGCCAUCAACAAACUGGAGAGCAACCUGCGGGAGCUGCAGAUCUGCCCGGCGGCGGCGGGCGGCGGCCCGGCGGCCACGCAGGACUUCAGCAAGCUGCUCAGCUCCGUGAGGGAGAUCAGCGACAUCGUGCAGAGGUAGCAGGAGCCAGGCCUGCAGCCCGCGAGGGCUCGCCCGCACCUGCUCCCACGCCGGCGGCCGGCUCUGGCUGCCCGGGUUGUGCACCAGCUGUCCUGCGCCAGCCCCGCCGCCCCCACCCUCGGGGAGGGCCUCCGUGGACCGCGGCUGGCACGCCGGGGCGGCUUCAGACCGCGCCGAGCCCUCGGCCAGCUGGGGAGGUCGCUCCACUCGGUGCCUUCGCUGCCGUUUCCCUCACGAACAGGAGCCUUGCCACCUCCAGGCCCACCGGCCUCGCGUCUCCCGGGUGCCACCUCCAGGCCCACCGGCCUCGCGUCUCCCGGGUGCCACCUCCAGGCCCACCGGCCUCGCGUCCCCCGGGUGCCACCUCCAGGCCCACCGGCCUCGCGUCCCCCGGGUGAAGCCCGCAAUGGAGGACCCCGGCCCGGGCAGGCUGCGCGCUGCUGCCGGUCCCGCUCUGCACGGGGGCACACAGGGCCAGAGCCAGCCAGCCUGCGGGCCCGGGCAGGCAGGGGCUGGGGGGUGAAGGCGGGGGUGUCCCCGCCGUCUGUCCACGCCGUGUCCCCAGGCCCAGUUCCUGUUCUCAUGUGACGUGCACUGUGAAUCCUGGGUAGGAAGCUUGAGUCUGGAGGGUGCAGGGUCGCUGUCCUGAGGCAGCAGCUUGCUGGGUGACCAGCUGGGGCAGGCCUGGCCCCGUGCCGUGGAAGGAUCUGCAUUCCUGACCAACCUCCCUCCCCCUCCUCAUCCAAGACGAAGUGGAUCCUUUGGGGCCCCGUCCUUGGCGACAGUUGCUGACUUCUCCCGGAAAGGAGCUGCCACUGGGCACCAGCACACACCGGGGGGGGGGGGUCUGAGCAGAGCUGGCACACCCCUGAACGGGGCGGGUGUCUCUUAUUUAAUUACCCUGAGUGACACUUGGCCUAACGUUUCUGUGGGGUCAUCCGGGAGCCUUAGGAAAACCACAAACCAAACCCCAGGGAGUGCUUUAAAGAGCCAGCCUUGGUGUCUUCCCAGGGCUACUUAAGCCCGAGCUGAGGUGUGCAGACCCUGACUCUUCCUUGACCUUGACCCAGAGCAGCCGGUGCGGGGAGUGGGCCCCUGGAUCCGGCAGCCCUGCACAGCCCCUGUUUGCACAGUGACCACCUGAACCUGUGUCUUAGCUCCCUAGGGUCGCAGUGUGCCCAGGGGGCACCCCAACACCGACAGCGGCCUUGCAGACCCAGAACAGGCCACGUGGCGCGAGGUCCUGGCGUCGCCUUCUGUUAACAUGUGCCACUAUAUUUUGCAUUUAUACCUUGGUAUUACACUCUUUUAUAAAUAGUUUCCCACUGUCCUCUGUCUGGAAUGCCUAUGGUGCCCCCCUCCUCUCGGUCCAGUUACAUUUUGUUUCUGUAUAUGACUCUGUUGUGUUUUUUAAAUAAAGAACUGUUUACAACA